AUGACCGUCACCCGACUCGACCAGGGGCAGCGCUACCGCCCGCGGAUGGCGUUCUUGAAAAAGAUCGAAGCGCUCAUGAUGGAGAUGCAGAAUCCAGACAAAGGCAUCAAGACACAGACACAGACAGUGAUGGUCACAGACAUCCCACAUGCUGUGACAGGUAAUGAUAUAUUGCAAUGGAUCCUUCAGCGCCUGCAGGUCACUCAGGAAGAGGCACUGCACCUGGGAGACCUGUUUGUUAAAUAUGGAUACAUCUACCCUCUUCAGGAGCCAAAGAAUCUCACCCUUAAGCCAGAUGGCAGCCUGUACAGGUUUCAAACCCCCUACUUCUGGCCGGUGCAGGGCUGGCCUGCUGAUGACACAGACUAUGCUAUUUACCUAGCAAAGAAGAACAUUAAGAGGAAAGGGAUUUUGGAAGAAUAUGAAAAGGAACAUUACAACAUGCUCAAUCAGAAAAUAAACUACAAGUGGGAUUUUGUCAUUAUGCAGGCCAAAGAGCAGUACAAGGCAGGGAAGGAGCGGAAGAAAGCAGACAGGUAUGCCCUGGACUGCCAGGAGAGAGCCUACUGGCUUGUCAACAGAACUCCUCCUGGCAUGCUGGACGUCCUGGAGUACGGAGUGGACCGUGCAACAGAUCCCAAUGAAAGUAAGGUAAACCAGAAAAAAACAAUGGAGUUCUAUAGGAGAGAGAUCAUGUACUAUCAGCAGUCCAUCAUGAAGUCCAGAGUGAAAUCUUCUGUCUCUCUUGGAGGGCUUGUGAAGUACUCUGAGCAGUUCCUCUCCAGUGAUCCUAUCCUGUCUGGAUGUCUCCCCAGCAACCCCUGGAUUACAGAUGACCCUGACUUCUGGGAUUUCAAUGCAAAGCUGGUGGAAGUCCCCACCAGAAUGCGGGUGGAGCGCUGGGCCUUCAACUUCAGCGAGCUGAUCCGGGACCCCAAGGGGAGGCAGAACUUCCAGCUCUUCCUGAAGAAGGAGUUCAGUGGAGAGAAUCUGAGCUUCUGGGAAGCCUGUGAGGACCUCAAGUAUGGAGACCAAUCCAAGGUCAAAGAAAAAGCAGAAGAAAUUUACAAGCUCUUCCUGGCUCCAGGGGCGAGGCGCUGGAUUAACAUCGAUGGCACAACAAUGGGCAUCACUGUCAAAGGCCUCAAGCACCCUCAUCGUUAUGUUUUAGAUGCUGCUCAGACCCACAUUUACAUGCUGAUGAAAAAGGACUCCUAUGGCCGCUAUUUGAAGUCUCCAAUAUACAAGGAAAUGUUGGCCAAGGCUAUUGUGCCUCAAGAGACUGUCAAAAAAAGCUCUGGUUUGUUUGGACGCCGUCACCUGCGCUCCAGCCCCAGCCCCAUCAUCCUGAGGCAGCAGGAGGAAGAGGCCAAAGCCAAAGAAGCUGCCGCGACCGUGGACAUCACUCAGGUCAUGAGCAAGCUGGAUCGCAGGAGCCAGCUCAAGCAGGACCCUCCCAAGUAG